AUGAAUAAAAUAUUUAUAUUCUUCUUUACUCUCUCUCUCUUUAUUAUAACCGCAAACACUUUGGAAGCUAUUGAUUAGCUUAAAAUUUAAGAUCCAUUUUCAAAUAGUAUAAUCAAAUAGAUUUUGAGAAAAUCAUAUACAGAUAUUAAUUGCCCACCAGAAUAAUCAAAAACUUAUUGCUCUGGUAAUUAACCAUGUUGUAAAGUUGGAAGUAGAUAUGGAUGUUGUCCUUAUUCUUAUGGAAUAUGUUGCGGAGAUGGAACAUGUGUUCCUAAUGGAAGUAGAUGUUGA